AUGCUCAUGCAGUCAGCAGUGGCAGCUAAUGAGACUAAGGAUGACGAUGAGGAGCAACAAGGACCCCAAGGGGCGGUGGACAAGGACACUUGCGAGAAGCAAUUGGUCCAGUUGGUCACUUCUUACAUCUGGAAUGACCAUGGACGAGGCCCUGUCGAUGUAUGGCAUUUCCAGAGAGCUGUCAUGAGGCACACGGACAGUGCUGGAGGGCUCUCGAUAGCAGAGCUGAGGGGGAUGCUGGCGGAGGUCCCAUUCGACCUACAAACGAACAAAACGUUGAUACCACCAGUGGACCACAUCCGAGCCUGGGUACCACUCCACUAUCAGAUGAAGGAAACGGGCCUCUACUAUCAAGCUUUCCUACAGGGUGAGCUUUUCCCAUACAUACCCAAGGUGGACAUCGGCCCCUUGAAUCAAGCUUAUCCACUCUUUCCAUUGGAGUCCUCGGCGGCCUCGUAG